AUGGUUGAUUUACCACCGGUUAAACAAUCGUAUACUAUUACGACAACUAGUGAACUUAAAUCACGAGCAUUUAAAAGUAGCAUGGGUGUUUUACCAAUUCGUCGUAGUGAAUCAAUACCGGAAUUAAAUUUAGUUCAUUUACGUGGAAGAUCAGUCAUGGCAACAGGAGGAAAUAAUGAUGAUUUAGCAAGUAGUCGUGUAGGUACGAAUACUCCAAUAACACCAAGACGUCCAGUACCUUUAACAGAAUCUAAUCAAAUAAAUUUAAUUGAACGUCGUGAACCAUUACCAGCUAUUCUGCCAAUGGUUGGUACAACACAUACAGCUACUCUUCAAGAAAGACAAGCACAAAAAAAACCUAUUAUUCAAGUACCAGCAGUCAAAAAACGAAAAAUUGAUGUAGUUGUUAUUGAACCUGAAGUAUUACCACGAACAACACCACGAUCUGUCGUUAAUCGUAUGGUUCAUGAAGCACGUUUAUUAACACAACCUAUUGGUGAUCGUACAACACCACAUAGUCGUUUAUCUAGUAAACAACAAUCUUAUGGCACAUCAUCAAGUAUGUCAAUAACUCAACAACAACAAGUUAUAAUUACACCAAGUGAUGAUCCAACACGUGCAGCUGUUGAAAAUUUAAUAGCAUCGAUAAAAUCUAAACAAUUACAAGAGACUCAACGACAAUCCGAUCGUAAAAUUCUAGAUAUUAUACAUCGUGUACUUGGUAGAACAGUUGAUCUUGUUUAUGACGAAGAUGAACAAGAAAGAAUUCAUCAAGAACAUGAACAACAAAUAAUAAGUGAAGAAGAAAAAAGAAUACCUAUAAUUAUUGAAGAAGAAAAUAUGAGUGUUAACUUACGAGUACCAGAUGUCAGUCGAAUGGAUCUUGAUAUGGAAGAUGAAAAAGAUCAAGAUGAAGAAAGAGAAUAUGAAGAUGAAGAUAUUGAUGAAAAAGAUAAAACUAUUGGAACAAUUAAAUUAACAGAUGAAGAUGAAAAAAUUGAUAUGUCAAAUGAUCCACUAUAUCGUCAUAUAUUAUUUGGAAUUUCAGAUGAAGAUUUAUUAAAUGUACGAGGUACUCGAAUAAAUGUACCAACUCCAGUAUUCAAAAAAAAUCAAGCAUUACCUACUAAAACAGUUAAACAUGAAGAUAAAAGUAUUCAUCAUUUUUGUAUUCAAAUGGCUGAUGAUAAGGAUAUCAUGUCAAAAGAAGUUCGAGCCAUUACUCAAUUAUAUCAUGAACGAGCUCGAUUUCGACAUAAAUUACCUAUGUCUUCAACAUAUUAUAAACAUGGACAAAUGCCAACUUAUCCAAUUAGAGAAAUAAUUGAAGAUGAAGAAAGUGAAGAAAAUGAACAAAAAAUUUCAUAUCCAGCUCAAUCGAAUACUCCUUCAAUUCCUUAUGAUGGUUUAAUGUCCUCAGAUACUGAUCUUAAUGUCUGGCAACGUCGUGCUGCUCAACGGGUUCAACCUAAAAUUGAAGGCGAUUCUGCUCUUUCUCAAGAUCCAUAUCUAAUUCGUUUAUGGACACCUGCACCACCGAAAAUGUAUAUUCAUCCACGUCGUAUAAGACAACAUCUUUUUGUUAAUUAUACAUCUGCUGAUACUAAAGAAAUUGAAGAUAAUGAAGAUGAAGAAUUAACUAUAGCCGAUGAACAUAAAUCAAUAUUUACAAAUUUUAGUGAACAAGAUCAAUUCAUAGAACAAUUUUUUACUAUUCCUGUUAUAAAACCAUAUAAAUCACUUGAACGUUUACCAUCAGCAAUCGAUCAAAGUGAUGAAUUUCAAAUGAUUCCAACAAUGAUUCGAUCAACUCGUUCAUGUUCAGAUUUAACAUCAGAAAGUGUAAUUCGUUUUGAUACAGGUCAUGCAUUUACAUUAGAUGAAACAAAACAUCAAAUUGACGCUCGAAAAAAUGUUAAAAUUGAAUCAACUACACCAGCCUCAAUUCCUUUUGAGGACAUACAAGUUAUAUCAUCUGAAUCAGUGGAAGUGACGACGAAUGUCAAAGACAAUCUAGUUAACGAAAAAGAAUCAAUUAUUGAUGAAAAACCUGAAGAAUCCUCGGGAGAUUUUAAAUAUUUUCGAAAAACAAAUCGUUCAGUACAUUAUGAACAAUCUGUUGCUGCUGGUCGUCGAUUUAUAUCAAGUGGUCGUCUUCGAGCAAGUCGUCGUGCUCGAAAAGAUGCUCGUUUUUGGGAACGUAUUGAUGCUAUUGUUGCUAUUGCUUCGGCUCCACCACGUUAUCCACCUAUAUCACGACGUCAUUCAUUUCAUGAAGCAAUAUUUUAUGAACAAAAUCAUCCACAUAUAUUAAAAGAAAAGUUUCGUCAACGUCGAACAAGUCUUGAACGUGAUAAACAAAAUUUUGAUGAAAUUAUUAAAACAAAAUAUAAAUAUGAUGAAACACGUGUUAAAUCAGCUGGAAAACGUUUAUUAAAUGAAUUUGAAUGGACACGUGAUUUAUGGUAUAGUUGGCUUGAUGAAUAUAUAGCUGAAUUAGAUAAAUGUGAAUCAAUAAGACAAGAAAAUGAAAUAAAACGACAAAGUACUCUUAAAACACCACAAGAGGAAUCAUCAAUAACAAUUGUAAUCGAAAAUGAAGCUGAUGAAAGUCAAACAAAAAAAGGGCCUAGUAUUCAACUUGAACCCAUUACAAAUCUUCAAUUAGCUGAUAGUGAAGAACGUCGUUUAAUUGAAGAGGAAAUACAUCGUUUAACAUUAUUAAUUAAUCGAGAUUCACAUGAUGUAUUUAGUUUAACACGACGAGGAGGUUUAUUACGUAAACUUGGAUUAUUUUAUGAUGCUCUUAAUGAUUUAUCAUUAGCUAUUUAUAUUGAACCAUCAUUUAUGGAUGCUUAUUGGCAACGUGCACUUAUUUAUAUAAUAUUUGAACAUUAUGAUGAAGCAUUAGAUUCAUUAAAUAUGUGUAUAAAAUUUAAUAAAACUCAUGCCGGUGCUUAUAAAUUACGUGGUGAUGUAUAUGCAAUUAAAAAUGAUUUAGCUUUAGCAAUUGCUAAUUAUUCCCAAGCUAUUCGUUAUAAUCCAACAGAUCAUGAAGCUUAUUAUCAACGUGCACAAACUUAUGAACGACGAAAUGAAAUUCUUUUAGCUAUGGAUGAUUAUGUACAAGUAACUCGAUUGAAUCCGAAGAAUAUUGAUGCUUGGUAUAAACAUGCUAUGUAUUAUUUUAAUUCAAAUAAUUAUGAUUAUGCUGUUGGUGAUUUUACAGAAUUAUUAAAACGUCAAUCAGAUCAUGUAACAGCACGUCUUUAUCGUGGUCUUUCAUAUUUCUAUCUUGAAUAUUAUCAAUUAGCUUUAGCUGACUUUUCUGCAACACUUCAUUAUGAUCCAUCAAAUUGGGAAGCUUAUUAUCAUCGUGCUUGUCUACUUCGUACAUGUAAUCCAGCUCAGGCAUUAAAAGAUUUUAGUAUAUCAUUAUUAAUUAAUCCUGAAUAUGAAAAUGUUGGUGCAUAUCUGCAUCGAGCAUUAAUUUAUUGUAAACAAAAUCAAUAUGAUGCAGCUAUUGGUGAUUAUGAAGCUGUACUUGUAUUAGAUCGUGAACAUGCACCAGCUUUAUGUAAUUUAGCUAUUAUUUAUAUGAGAACAAAUGUUCAAAAAGCUUUACAAUUAUUUUCAAGAGCAAUUGAAGCUGAACCAACAUAUGUUCGAGCUUAUUUUUGUCGUGCUUAUUUUUAUACUCAAAUUAAUAAAUUACAACAAGCCUAUUCAGAUUAUACAAAAAUCUAUCAUAUGUUUCCGGAUCAAAAUGCUGCUAUGGUACUUCGAGGAAAUAUGCUUCUUGCAAUGGGAAAACUUGAUUUAGCUUCAUUUUGUGUUGAAGUAGCUGCUAAAUUACAAUCAUUAUCUAGUCCAGAAGAAGAUGAAUCAUCAUCAAUAUCAUCUUCAAUGAAAAUGAGUGCAUCAAGUCCUCAACAACAAGCUAUUGUUCAUUCAUUUCUUGAACAAUUUGAUUAUUCUUUAUCAAUUAUGGAACGUGAAUGUUCAUAUCAUCCAACAGCUGCAAAUUAUCGUAUGCUUGGUAGAUUACGUAUAAAAGCUAAACGAUUUGAUGAUGCACGAGAUGCAUUUGAGAAAUGUAUACAAGCUUGUAAAAAUAGUAUUUCAGAUCAAACAGGUGAUCUUCAUGGUGCUUAUUUAGAUUUAAGUAAAUGUUUUGUACAACUUAAACGUUAUCCACAAGCUAUAGAACAAUUAACUAUACUUAUUAAACUUCAACAACCAAAUCAAAAUGCUGAAGCUUAUUUACAACGUGGUAUUGCAAAAAUGAGAAUGUUUGCCAAAUUUACUGCUCAUGAAUUAAUAAAAUUAUCAUCAAAUAGACGACCAUUAUUAGAUAUUAAUAGAGCACUUGUAAUUGAACCAAACAGUGCUGAAGCAUAUCUUGCACGAGCUGCUUGGUAA